AUGGCCGAUGAAUCAACUCUGCGACAGCGAAAACCUCGGCCCAAGAACGAGACUGAAUCUGAAGUCUCUCAGUCUUCGACUCCGACAAAAAGGGGCAAGAAAAGGUCCUCGGCCAAGGUCGAUGAAGAAGACCCAUGGGAUGGCUACUCCCCUUACCUCGAUGUCGUUCGUGUCAUCAGCUUCAUUAUCGUGGCCUCAAUGGGCCUGAGCUAUGUUAUUAGCGGAGGAGAGAGUUUCUGGUGGGGACACAAGAACAAGCCUAACUGGAUGACCCAGAGAUUCUACAGGGACUUGAUUCUUGGACCUGAACUCUCCCUCCACGACGGUACCGACCCCGAUAGACCUCUUCUUCUUGCCAUCAAUGGUACGAUUUAUGAUGUCUCCAACGGCCGCCGCAUGUACGGUCCAGGGGGCUCCUACAGCUACUUCGCUGCCACCGAUGCUGCUCGCGGUUUCGUGACCGGCUGCUUUGCUGAUGACCAGACCGCCGACCUCCGUGGCUAUGAGGAGACAUUCCUGCCGCUCGACGAUCCUGAAAUUGACUCUCACUGGACACCUGAGGCCCUCGCUGAGCUUAAGAUCAAAGAGAGAGAAGAGGCUAAAAAGAGGGCCGACGCCGCGCUCCAGCAUUGGGUCGACUUCUUUGCCAACAGCAAGAAGUACACCAAGGUCGGAUAUGUGUAUCGGGAACCCGGCUGGCUGGAGAAAGAGAAGCCCAAGAAGCUCUGUGACCAGGCUCAGAGAAGCAGAAAGACCAGAAAGAUUCCCAAGAAGGAUUGA